AUGUGGGCGAAUACAGGUUGAAUGUCUCUGUGACAGAUGGCAAGUUCUUCACCUAUACAACUGUCAAAAUAAACGUGGACGUUUUGACGGAAACUAUGCUGGACAAUUCGGUCGGAAUCAGAUUCAGGGACGUCAGUCCGGAAUCCUUCAUUUUGAGCCACAGAAAAGGUUUUGUAAGAGCUGUCAGAAAUGCAAUGAACUGUAAAUCGAAAGAUGUCAUUAUAGUGAGCGUUCAACCAUCAAGAGACGAUGAUUUGCUUAGAGCUAGAAGAAAUGUAGACUAUUUAAACGAGAGAUCAAAACGUUACAUUCACAAGGACCUAGACGUUCUAUUUACUGUCAGAAAAUCGGACGAUGGUUUCUACAGCUCGGAUACCAUAAGAAAAGCUCUCAACGACAAUUUAGAAGAACUGGAAGAAAGUACCAAGCUAGUAGUCGAGGAAAUCAUCAGGCUAGAGUGCAAUAACAAGUACUGCCUGUACGGAUCAUGCCAGGAUCACUACGUCCUGGAUACUAGCGAACUAGAACCGGUUUCGACAGACGUCACCAGCUUCGUAUCACCGAAACAUCACCAAAAACUCGAGUGUCUCUGUAACGAAGGGUACGGAGGUGACCGAUGCGACACUAUAGUGAACGAGUGUGCCAGGAACCCGUGUCCGGUGUUCAAAAUAUGCAUUCCCGACGCCUCGCAGACCGGAUAUUCCUGCCAGUGUCCCGAAGGUUUUGCCGGGCCGUCUUGUGACGUUGACAUAUCGAAAUGUCACGAUCAGAACUGUUACAUAGCCAGGAACCCGAUGUCGUUUCACGAAAGAGUUACUGCAGUACAGGAUCAUCAAUAAGAAAU